GAGGAGCUCCUCACCUCGCAGUGCUGGGCCGAGCUGGGGACGUGCGACAAGAGCCCGGUGGCUUUGCCGCCCGCGGAGCUCGCGACGCUGGGCGACGACUGGGAGCCGAUGGCGCACGCGCACUACAAGGUGGUGAAGACGGUGACGGCAAAGCCGAGCAAGUACACCCUGGACUUCACCACCGCCGACGACGACUUCUUCGGCUACCUAGACAUCCACGGCUGGCAGUUCGUGGCCACCGAGAUCAAGGUCAAGGCGAUCUCCAUGCACACGCUGCACGACAAAAUCUACGCUGGGGAGCUCAUCAUCGUCCACGACUUGAUGGGAGACCGUCUCGCUACGUCUGGUCCGAUGCACCAGGUGAUGAUCAGCAUCCCCCUCGAGAUCGGGACUCCGAGCCCGAUGCUGCAGGCCCUCGGCAUGGACAUCUCCAACUACGAGGCCGUGCGCCACGGGAACGGCUACACGCAGCUGGGGGACUUCGACCUCGGGCAGCUCCUGGCGCCGACCUUCGCGGACGGCGCCGCCUGGUACUGGUACAGCGGUGGGCCUGCCCUGGAUCCCGGCACAGCCUGCACCGCCUGGGGCGCGCGCUGGCUCGUGGCCGGCAAGCCCAUGAGCGUCUCCGCGACCCAGCUGAACUCCCUGGCCCUGCAGGUGUCCGGCAUGGACUCGUCCCAGGCGACGGUCGCGACGCCGAGCAUCUGGCAGGGCUCCCUGCCCGCCUUCGCGGUGGACAAGGACGGCAGCGCGUGCGACGUCUCGGUGGAGCACGGCGUCAGCUACAGCUACGACUUCGUCAGCUGCUGGCCGAAGUUCGAGCUGCCCGUGAACGAGUGCGGAUCCACUGCCGCGACGGGCCGCUCUCCCAUCGACAUCAACACCGCCAGCGCGGUGGACCCGCACCCGGAGUACCCAGACGACUUCCUGUCCAGGGUGAACUGGAAGCCGAUGGCCGGGUUGACGGUAGGGCCUGCGGCCUGCAGGGAUUUCGCAGAACGGAUUUCGAUCGAAUUUCAUUCCGGAUGUAGUUGUAAGUUUCGAACGUGUUGUUGUUUGCUAUUCGGUACUUGA